GAGAUUUUUAAAAAUUUCGAAGUAAAAUAUUGAGGAAUAGAAGUUUACCGCUAUUCCGCAAUAUAAACUUUUGUCUUUAAAAAAUCAGUUAAAAUCGCUGUGCUUUGCUUUUGAAUGCUAUGACGAAUGAGAAUCUAAUGAUAUAGUAUGAGAUUCAAAUACUAUGGUAUGAGAUUUAAAUGCUAUGUUAUGCUAUUUUGUAUGUUGUUAACUGCUUGAGUUGACUGUACCAUAAUCGCAUUUUUACUCAAUUAACUAAAUUGUUGAUAGAUAAAACAGAAUAUCAUAGCAAACAUGUGUGCAAUGUUCGUCAAAUAUUAGACAAUGAAAAUCAUCUGAAGAUACUAUUCAUUACUUCAUAUCAACAUUAUCAUUCCUACCUAUGAAAACUCUGAUGUUUCUUUUUUUAAUUGAAUUUAAAAUUUACAAAAAAAAUAUGUUUACAGUCUUUAGGUUUACUCCCAAGAUCUUUGUUAUUUCAAUUUUAAAGGUAAAGCUUCCUAAUACCGUAUUCUCUUUUGUACAAUGUAUUAAUUGUUUGCAUAUCAUUUUUUGUUUGUUUAAUACACAGCCAUAACAAAUAUCACUGUGAUUGUCAUAAUUAGACAAUGCAAAUAUGAUGCCUAUAGUGAGACGUUGUAUUUGAACUAAAACUUCAUUUCUAUGGACGGAAAAUAUAUGAGAAAUAAAGGUUGUUUACCAGGAUAUGUUGGCGAAAAUUGUUCAGAGCCAUGUCGCUAUCCUAACUACGGAAAAUAUUGUCAGGGGCAGUGUAAAUGUACAGAACAGUUUUGUGACAUCGCUACGGGAUGUUUUUCACCAGACGUUGGUUGCAGAACUGGGUAUUCUGGUGACGGAUGUCUAUACAGAUGUCGAUAUCCAACCUAUGGGAAAGAAUGUCAAAAAAAAUGUCAUUGUAUUGAAUCUGAUUGCAAUUUCAUCACCGGAUGUGACAAUUCUUCAUAUAUAGCCCAGAAAUCUGACUACUUACACCCAACCACGACGCCAUACCCCGCCGAAAGAAGUUCUAUGGCAGUUACUGUUGUCGUUUCUGUCUUGUCUUCUAUCUUUGUUUUAGCUUUUAUCACUCUUGUUAUCUGGCAACUAAAAAACCGAAAUGUAGCAAACAGGAAAACGUCUCAACCCAUUUCAUCACUAGGAGAACAAAGACAUGUUUCCUUAGAUACGAAGGAGACAACAAAAAUUGACUGUCCCUGUGAUGAUUCAAGACCUAGUCACAAAUAUACAUCAUCGCAGGACGUGUCCACAGAUCACAUACAUCCAGGCUUCGAUUGUAAUGUGUUGCAGCGGGAAAGUACCGCAAGCACUAUAAUAUUUGAUAUAAAUUCUUGUACUUAUGAACCCGUCUUGUACGCUGUUGAGGAAGACAGAAUUGCAAGAGUUUGAAAUUCUUUGAAUGAACUGUGUUCAUGUAUCACUUGAACAACUGUGAUUAUUCUUUUUUUUUAUGAUCUAAAACUCAAUUGAUUAAAUUCACUGCAAAAAUGAAAAUGUCAUCAAUCUUUGCUAAAUGAUUCUAAAAUACACUUUGCCUAUUUAAUGAAUUUCGUUAUCAUUCACAGACUCAUAUUGUAUUUAAUCUGGACACAAUGAAUAAAUACCAAAAAACUGAUAUUAGUUUUACUAGAUGAUAGCCAGCGCAAGCGUGUGAAAUGACACUUUAGACGUGCAUUUUUUUACUUUGUAUUAUUGCUUUAUCUGUUGUAUUAAAAGUCAACCCAUCGCAUAUUCAUGCAUAUCCAUGCAAAACGAUUUAAAAAAAAAAAGGGGGGGGGAUAUUGUGUAUGGCGUCGUUUUUUCUUUUCUAUAUUAAGUUUAUUUUUUUUUAAUAUUUCAAGGUUCACUUUAAUGUUAACUUUACAAAAUACCAAAUUAUUCAAAAGCAACAGAAGGGUGAAGAAUACAAAACGAAAUGUUUUUAUUCGAAGCUUGUAAAGCUCAAAUUUCAGAGUCCAGUUUCACGAGGAAAAAUUGGUAGGGAUUUCCAAAUCUCAGAUAAGGAAGUUUGGAAAUCAAUAUAUUCCAACAAAAUUAAAAAAUAAAAGUAUUGCAGCAUUGAAUUAUAAACUGCUAAACAAUCUACUUAGUAAUAAUCAGUUAAUUAGUAAGUUGAAUAAAGGGGUUAAUAACAAAUGCAAAAUAUGUAGAACCGAGAUAGAAAAUGCACAGCAUUUAAUUUUUGAUUGUGUAAAC